ACUCCGGGUCUCAUUCACAAGGAAACUGAACCGUCCGGUACCCAGACGCCCCAGGAGACACCUCACUCUAAAGCUAUGACCGUCUAGGCUCUUGCCUUUUAUAAGCCAGUCAGAUACCGGGAGCAUUUAAUUCACUGCAGCUGUGCCACAGAGGAGCACUGAUACUGGACUAUAAGAGUUGCUAUAAGAGUGAAAGUUAAGACAAUGGGUCCUUGGACAAGGCUGCUCUUCCUCUUGCAAGUGUUGUCACAGUUGUGUUUAAGUCUACAAGGCGAGAACUCAGUCUAUGAUCUCCUUGCAUCACCGGAAUGUUUGCCAGACCUGCUACAGGGAGGACUCAAAGCCCAGUCUGUGAAUGAAGCUUUUAUUCUCACAUCGUUCAAACUCCAGCCCAAGACUGGCACCACUGUAUUUGGCCUUUAUAAUCCAAGGGACAAUGGCAAAUAUUUUGAGUUCACAGUGCUGGGAAAGCUCAACAGAGCGACCCUGCGGUACCUGAGGAGCGACGGGCGGAUGAGCACCGUCACCUUCAGCAACGUGCAGCUGGCGGACGGGCGUCGGCACACCGUCAUGUUCCGGCUGAAGGGCCUGCAGCAUGGCCCCUCCGGUGUGGAGCUCUACGUGGACUGCCGGCUCGUGGAGACUCUCGCAGACCUGCCCGCCGCCUUCCGAGGCCUGCCUGCCGGACCCCCCGUGGUGGAGCUCAAGUCCAUGCAGACAAAAACGCAGGAUGAGCUGGAAGAACUGAAGCUGGUAAUUGGCGAUUCAUUUGAAAAUGUUGCUUCCUUGCAAGACUGUUAUUUUCAGCAGAGUGACUCAGUGCAAGCUUUGGGUGUCAAUACAAAGCAGCUGUCCAAUCAAAUGCUUGAGCUCACCAAAGUCAUUGCAGAACUGAAAGAUGUCCUCACCCAACAGGUCAAAGAGACUUCUUUCCUGAGAAAUACCAUUUCAGAAUGUCAAGCCUGUGGACUGGGCGGCACAGAGAUUGUCAAGCCGAGGUGUGGCCCUGGAGUGUGCUUCCGGGAUGACAUGUGUUUCGAGACAGCAGACGGGGUUGAAUGCGGACCCUGUCCCGAUGGGUACACUGGUGAUGGGUUCAGCUGUGACGACGUGGAUGAGUGUCAGUUUAACCCCUGCUUCCCCGGAGUGCAGUGUGUCAACACGGCCCCUGGCUUCCGGUGCGAAGCCUGCCCGCUUGGCUACACUGGUCAGAUCCUGGAGGGAGUGGGCAUCACCUACGCACAGACACACAAGCAGACAUGCGAUGAUGUGGAUGAGUGCAAAAGACCAGAUAACGGAGGCUGCACACCUAAUUCUAUCUGUCACAACUCUGUGGGCUCGUACCACUGCGGCAGCUGCAAGGAGGGCUACGUGGGCGACCAGGUGAAGGGCUGCAAGCCAGAGAGGAGCUGCGGGAACAGCCUGCUGAACCCGUGUGACGUCAAUGCGGAGUGCAAGGUGGAGAGGGACGGCAGCAUCAGCUGCAUGUGUGGCAUUGGCUGGGCAGGAAAUGGCUAUCUGUGUGGCAAAGACACAGACAUUGACGGGUAUCCUGACGAGAAACUCAGAUGCAAAGAUCCAAACUGCAAAAAGGACAAUUGUGUCUAUGUCCCGAAUUCGGGGCAAGAAGACGCGGACAAGGACGGGAAAGGAGACGCAUGUGAUGAGGACGCAGAUGGGGACGGCAUUCUGAAUGAGCAGGACAACUGCUGGCUCAAGCCGAACGUGGAUCAAGCCAACAGUGACAAGGACAGCCAUGGCGACGCCUGUGACAACUGCCGCAUGGUGGUGAACCCGGACCAGCGGGACACGGACGGUGACGGCAAAGGGGACGCCUGCGAUGAUGACAUGGAUGGGGAUGGCCUGAAGAACUUCCUGGACAACUGCCAGAGGGUUCCCAACCGUGACCAGCUGGACAGAGAUGGUGAUGGAGUCGGGGAUGCUUGUGACAGCUGCCCCGACAUUCCCAACCCCAACCAGUCAGAUAUUGACAAUGAUCUUGUUGGAGACUCCUGUGACACAAAUCAAGACAGUGAUGGUGACGGGCACCAGGACUCAAAGGACAACUGUCCCAACGUCAUCAACAGCUCACAGCUGGACACAGAUAAAGACGGCAUCGGGGACGAAUGUGAUGAUGAUGAUGACAAUGACAACAUUCCAGACUUCCUCCCACCUGGACCAGACAACUGCAGGCUGGUGCCCAACCCUGACCAGCUCGAUGAGAAUGGUGACGGAGUGGGAGACAUCUGCGAAUCAGAUUUUGACCAAGACAAGGUGAUCGACAGGAUCGACAACUGCCCUGAGAACGCCGAGAUCACCCUGACUGACUUCAGGGCCUACCAGACUGUGGUGCUGGACCCUGAGGGCGAUGCUCAGAUCGACCCCAACUGGGUGGUUCUUAAUCAGGGCAUGGAGAUUGUGCAGACAAUGAACAGUGAUCCUGGACUUGCUGUUGGUUACACAGCCUUCAGCGGGGUGGACUUUGAGGGCACCUUCCACGUGAACACAGUGACAGACGACGACUACGCCGGCUUCAUCUUCGGCUACCAAGACUCGUCCAGCUUCUACGUGGUGAUGUGGAAGCAGACGGAGCAGACUUACUGGCAGGCCACGCCCUUCAGAGCCGUGGCUGAGCCCGGGAUCCAGCUCAAGGCAGUGAAGUCACAGACUGGCCCUGGGGAGCACCUGAGGAACUCCCUCUGGCACACGGGAGACACCACUGACCAGGUGCGGCUGCUGUGGAAGGACCCGAGGAACGUGGGCUGGAAGGACAAGGUCUCCUAUCGGUGGUACCUCCAGCACAGGCCCCAGGUUGGAUACAUACGAGCCCGAUUCUAUGAAGGUACAGAACUGGUGGCUGAUUCUGGUGUGACUAUUGACACCACCAUGAGGGGAGGACGGUUGGGAGUGUUCUGCUUCUCUCAGGAAAACAUCAUCUGGUCCAACCUCAAGUACCGCUGUAAUGACACCAUCCCUGAGGACUUCCAAGCUUUCAAUGCGCAACACACUGGUGAUUCUCUCUAAUGAAAGAGAGAAGUGUGAGCCAUGAUCAAACUAUGUGACCUCCAAGGAGAAAUCACAAACUCCACCUGAAAUGGUCAUUUCAUUACUAAAGUCUUCCUUAGAAAGUCCACCCACUAUUGUUUAUACACAGUACAGGAUUUAUGCUGUGCAUUUCACAUUUACAAUUAUAAAAGUAAUGAACUGGUUAUCUGAAAAAUGUCUGUAAUGGCAUUUUCCAUUGCCGGCUAUCUUAAUGUACUAUUAAGGCAGAGAUUCCCUUUACACUAACACUUGUUUUAUUUCUGGGGAUAUCAGUGUAUAGAGAGAAUCCUCUCAAAAUCUGACAUCCAGAUCACAUGGGAGAGAAAAAUGUAUAAUAAGCUAUGUAGCAACUGACAUAAGUCACCCAAAUAAUCCUGCAAUAAAUCAUUGAAGUCUAAGAGACAUGAGACACAAAAAAAAUCCUGAAGGGAAGGUACUGUUAAUCUCCUAAAAACAAAAGUAAUGAGGGAGAACAUUGUAAAUCGGUUUUCAAACUUCAUUUCAAUCUGAAUUUGCUUUGAAACAACAUUCAGACGGGCACACACAUUUUUUCACAUCAGUUUUGCUUAAAGAACUGACUC